AUGACCAAGCACGGUCAGUUAGGAAAAUUUAAGCAGCAGUAUUGUCCUGAUGAGGAACAACAAGACGAACUAGCUUCCACCGAUUCAGAUGGCGGGCAAGAUGAUGCCCCCUCCUAUGCCACCAAGUCUAGGCCUUCCAAGUCCACGCAAGCUGAUCCUGAAACUAUCCCUUCACCUUGCAAUCCCUCUUUCCAUGAGAUUUAUGGAGUCGAAACGCCAGAAUUAGCUACCACCAAUGGCAAAGUCACUAGGUAUACAAAUCUGACCAAGCCAUCAAUUCAUCCAAAGUCAAAGUCAAAGUCAGAGCAGCAGAAAGCCGUCCUCCGUAGCGACCAAAAGACGCCCUCCAAACCGCGACCUCUUCUCCCAGACGGAUCCGCAGAGACAGGCAUCGCCAGCGCUCGCGGGAAGCGAGCCCUUAAGAUAACUCCCAUCACGAGUAGUCCGAUCAACAACGACACACCCGCCGAACCAAAAUCAGGAGAGUCAGUCGGUGCCUCUUCCUUGGAAAUUGAGCCCAUUUCGAGUCUAUCCGAGCCAGGCUGGACCACAGAGUCAUGUACCGACUCCGUCAACUCCGAUCAUUCAAUAGCAACGCCCAUUACCCCUGAAGUCAGAGCAACAGCAUGA